ACCAAAGUGAAGGAACGCGAACGCGAGAGUAGGCUCGAACACGACGACGACGACGACUACGACCGGCGGUGGCUUGGCUGCUUGGCUGGAAUCGACGACCGACCCGGGCCGAAGCCAAACAGUGCCAAACUGAAAAAAAUAACAACGGCUGGUCUGUUAGUAGCAAAUUGGCUUUUGCAUCGAGCGUUUCGUCGUCGUCGUCGUCGUAGUUGCGCUUUUCGGGUGGAAUUUCCAUCGUGCUGCUGCCUGGGUAUCGAACGGUGCACCGAUCGAUCAGUCGCUGGUCGAGAUCGUCUUCGAAGGUUCUCGCGUCCGUCUUUCGGGGUUCAUUGUUCGGAAAAGGCGUUUGAGUGCGUGUUAUUCUUUUUUGUUUUUUUUGUCUGUCAGGGAGUUACCGAGUGUUCAGUCAGACAAAGGUGAUGACCUGCAAGAGGCUGUGGAUGGUGAUUUUGGCCUCUCCCGAGAUAUACCGCGUAGAUUGGCUGGCGUAGCGAAAAAAAAAACAAGUUGCAGUGCAGUUGAUUGUUUUUAUCCCCCUUCUUCCGCGCAAUCGAUUCCGGUGGAAGGAAAAGGAGGGCGGAACAGUGCGGAAGUGCCUCGUGUCGACUUCGGUGCAGUGCCGAGAGUUAAAGCCAAUCGAGUGCCACAGAGAAGUCAGGCGGAUUCCAUUUGCCAGAAAUAUUCCUUAAGUGAAACAUAAAAAAAACGAAAAGUAGAAGGAAAUAAAUGGUGCUUACGGUUGGUGAUGUGUGAAUAAUUGCCCGUUCCGCUCGACCAGGCCGGUAAAAUCGUGGCCGCGAAAGAGUUCUUAAUGUGGUGAAAAUAAGCAUAAUUGUAUGAAGAUGUUACAUACUGUGGUUUAAUAGUGUGGGCGAAAAAAUUUCCAGCCACCGACCGGCGGGUGGAAUGUGAUGAGGUUUUCUCGUUACCGAGAAGGUGCCGUGCGGAAAUUCUGUACAAGACACAGUUCAAGGUAGAUGAUCGGGUUAAUUGGUUGAAUUGUUUCGGUGGCCGACAUCUGCUGGCGACGAUCGACGCGCGUCCUAUCUGUGUGUACACCAUGAGCGUCAAUGAGCCUCACGAUUGCAGUUACAAGUCAAGCAAAAUGGUGCUGCUGAAGGAUUUGACGGCCAAACUGAAAGGAUAUCUGUUCACUGGCGAUUACAUCAAACACCCGGUGCUGUACGAGCUCAGCCACAAGUAUGGACUGGCGGACAACCUGCCGGAGAGCCUGCUGCCGAACCGGCUGGAGGAAAUCAAAGAGGCCAUCAGGCGCGAAAUUAGGAAAGAACUGAAAAUCAAGGAAGGCGCCGAGAAACUUCGCGAGGUGGCCACCGAUCGGCGUUCGCUGUCCGACGUAGCCUCGAUAGUCAAGAAGAGCAACAACAAACUGGCGGAACUGAAAUCGGAACUGCACGAACUGGAGAGCCAAAUAAUUCUGACACAGGGCAACAGUGUCAGUAGCAGUAAUGGACAAGACAUGAUCCCCUCGCCGGUGACUCCGAGCGGCCCGGAACUGACACCAAACGACAAGUUGCUCAUCUCGCUGGAAAAGCAGCUGAGCAUAGAGACCAAGGUGAAGAAUGGAGCCGAAAAUAUGAUCCAAUCCAUUUCCAGUGGUCACCACGGGCGGGACAAAAAGUUACUGGCCGAAGCCCAUCAGAUGCUGGCCGAUUCCAAGGCCAAAAUCGAGUUCCUUCGGUUGCGGAUACUGAAGGUGCGCCAGAACAAGCUCAACAACAAAGUGUCCGAGGAGAAUGGCGAAAACAAGCAACGCGAACUCGAAAACUCACUGGAAGAUCGGAUCGACGAGCUGCGGCACCGGCUUCGGAUCGAGGCCGCGGUGGUGGACGGUGCGAAAAACGUGAUCCGGACGCUGCAGAGUACAAAGACUAUCGACAAAAAAGCAUUGCAGGAGGCACAAACCCGUCUCUCGGAAUCGUCCCGUAAGUUGGAUCUACUGCGGAAGGCACUGGAGUUGCGACGGCUGGAGUUACCACAGGAUUCGCAAGCGGCAAUACAGCUCAAAGCCGAACUGCAGAAUGUGCAGGCAUCCAGUCCGGUUCCGGUGCAGUACACUUCACUGCAUCCGUUCCGCGGUACAACCCAGGGCAAACCGGCGCACAGUUUGUCGUUUAGCCGAUGUGCUGCCGUAACCGGUAAACUGGAAGUCCGGUUGAUGGGCUGUCAGGAUUUGCUGGAAGAUGUACCCGGACGAUCACGGCGCGACAAGGACUCCAGCUCCAGUCCCGGAGAUUUGAAGAGUUUUGUCAAAGGCGUCACCAGUCGAAGUUCGUCGAAGAGUUAUAGCGUUAAGGAUGAAACGUCGUCGGAGAUUAUGGCUGUUAUUAAGUUAGACAACAUUACGGUUGGUCAGACCUCGUGGAGGCCCUGCUCGCAGCAGGCAUGGGAUCAGCGCUUCUCGAUAGACCUAGACCGAUCGCGGGAGCUCGAGAUCGGCAUCUACUGGCGCGACUGGCGAUCACUGUGCGCUGUCAAGUUUCUUCGGCUCGAGGAAUUCAUCGAUGAUAUUCGGCACGGAAUGGCACUGCAGCUGGAACCGCAGGGUCUACUUUUCGCCGAGAUCAAAUUCCUCAACCCGAUGAUAUCACGUAAGCCAAAGUUGCAACGGCAGAGGAUGAUAUUCAACAAGCAACAGGUGAAGAACAUCCCACGUGCCAAACAGAUGAACAUCAACGUAGCAACGUGGGGUCGUUUGCUGAAACGUAACACCCAUACGCCGACGGCUGGAACCGUCGGUGCACAGCCUAUGAUCACUACACCUUCCACACCCAGCACGGCGUCGGUUACCUUUGAUCCGGUGGCCGAACAUGACCCAGUUGAAACGUUGGGAGAAUCGGCUGAUUUUAAUACCGUCGGUCUGGGUGGUGGACGGCCACUUGGUAUUCAUGGUGUCGCCGUACUUCCGGAAAGUCCUUCAUCACAUUCACUGCAUAACCAGCUGAUUACUUCGGGGACCCCGGCCGGAAUGCGACCGCCACCGCAACCGCAAUCAAUCAGCACACCGUCGAGCUUCCGCCAAAAGAAACCUCCAAUGCCAUCACCUCCAUCACAACCCGUCACGUCCCCGGUAGCAGUCGGAUCCAGCAAAAUCGAUCAGGAGUUACAGAAUGCCUUAAAGGAGUUCGAUUUCCUGCACCAGCACGAAAGUACAAACGAGAGCCUUCUGCUUGCUAGCCGCCAACAGCCGAUCGUGACGGGAGAAUACCACGAGAUGGCUCCCCAGUUCGCUAGUCAGCUUUCGCACCGUCUGGCACAGCCAACAGACGAGCACGAGGGAGGAGAGGAGAAACGGGAGAACCAAGAGGACGAUUACGACGUACCACCGCCGCCACUUCCGGAGUCGCCUCCGCCGGCACUACAGAAAAGCCUCUCGGGAGACCUGCUGCGACCGGUUCUCUCGAUGCCUCCGGUUGUGCUCAUGGGAGGUGAUGGUAGAGGUGGUGUUGGUUUGAGCAAUCGGGACAGUUACAUCUCCUACACGGGCACGCCGAUCAUCGAAGAACCUCCGUCGCCGGCACCGAUCGUGGACUGUCCCUUCGAAGACUAUGCGGCGUACUCCGUCACCACUGGAUGCUGUAUCGUCGAUGGUGGUAGUGGUGGAGGCGACGGCGCCGACGGUGGUGGGUCGUACGACGAAAUUAUCGAGAUCAUCCAACCGUUCGAACAACUGGCGGUAUCGGGCAAUGUCGUACCACUGCAACCACAUCACCUCUCGCAAGGCCAACCGUCGGCGGCGAUCGCCGCAGCAGCCCUUCAACAACAACAGCAGUACUACCAACAACAACUUUUACUGCAGCAGCAACACCAACAGCAACAGCAACAACAACAACAAUCACAUCACCAUCCAACUCCUCCGCUGCCGCCGCCCCAUCCGCAUGAUAUGGCCGUUGCCGGACCAGCCGUGGUACCGAGCCGGCGGCAAGGACCGGCCCGGGCACUCCAGUAUCGGGACAGUGCGUACGAAAGCCGCCGGCAAUCACAGACCGGAACCCCGGGAAUGCACAUCGAAAGCUUCCAGCUGCUCAGUGUGCUUGGCCGGGGUCACUUCGGUAAGGUCAUCCUGGCGCAGUACAAAAACACCGGCGAAUACUUUGCUAUCAAGGCCCUGAAGAAGGGUGACAUCAUCGCCCGGGACGAGGUGGAAUCGUUGCUCAGCGAGAAGCGCAUCUUCGAGGUGGCCAACACGAUGCGGCACCCGUUCCUGGUGAAUCUGUUCGCCUGCUUCCAGACUGAGCAACAUGUCUGCUUCGUCAUGGAAUAUGCCGCCGGUGGAGACCUGAUGAUGCACAUCCAUACGGACGUAUUUUCCGAACCUCGGGCAGUGUUCUACGCCGCUUGUGUGGUGUUGGGUUUGCAGUAUCUGCACGAGAGCAAGAUCAUCUAUCGCGAUCUGAAGCUCGACAAUCUGCUGCUGGACACGGAAGGCUACGUGAAAAUUGCUGAUUUUGGCUUGUGUAAGGAAGGUAUGGGUUUCGGUGAUCGAACCGGUACCUUCUGCGGUACGCCCGAGUUCUUAGCUCCCGAGGUGCUCACCGAGACUUCCUACACCCGCGCCGUCGAUUGGUGGGGCUUAGGGGUGCUGAUAUUCGAGAUGCUUGUAGGAGAAUCACCAUUCCCCGGUGAUGACGAGGAAGAAGUGUUCGACUCGAUCGUCAAUGAUGAGGUCCGGUAUCCGAGGUUCCUAUCGCUGGAAGCGAUAGCCAUCAUGAGAAGGCUACUUCGCAAGAAUCCAGAACGACGCCUGGGAUCUUCGGAACGGGACGCCGAGGACGUCAAACGACAAGCAUUCUUCCGGAACAUUGUCUGGGACGAUCUAUUGCUCAGGAAAGUGAAACCUCCGUUUGUGCCAACGAUUCGCUCACCGGAGGACGUGUCCAAUUUUGACGAGGAAUUCACGUCGGAGAAGCCACAGUUGACGCCACCAAAAGACCCCCGGGUCCUGACCGAGAACGAACAGACUUACUUCAAGGAUUUUACCUACACGGCCGACUGGUGUUGACAGUGAAUAGUGCUGUAGAAAUGGUCUUCUUCCCUUCGUUCUUGGAGCGUUCUUUCCACAUCCUCUCUAAACCAACCAAUCGCUGUUUAAAUUAUUCACAUUUUGGAACCGUGCGUAUUUUGGGUAGAAUUGCUUUAUAAGGUUUUCCUUAGUUUUGACUAGUAGAGAAAAGAAAAAAAAGAAGCAUGCAAGUAUGCAACUGUUAUAAAAUUGUUAAUAUUACCUAGUUAUCGAGGCAGGUUUGCUACAAAAAAUUUUACAAUUCUGUGUGAUCUUUUCUUACAUACGAAGAGAGAAUUGAUAAAAGCGCGUACGGUAAUCGAAAAGUCUUCCGAGAGUUAAUAAAGUUAAGACAAAAACACCUGAAAAAUCACCGAAAUCAUGCAUCAUCAUUCAUAGUGUUGUAAAUGUGCAUUUUUUUUCAUUAUCUUUUUUUUUGUUGUAAGCGAAUUCAAUCUUAGCGAUUAUUAUCACUAAAAAAACACACACAUACGCAUGCGGCCCAGCAAAAAUGCUUACUAGCAACCGAAAAGUAAUAAUAAGGUGCCUUUUUUUUAAAAAACAAAAACUUGUUGACAAUGUGCAGGAAACCGAGGCGAGAAUAGGAACCACUGUAGCGACACGUAGUAGUACAUUAGACAUACUGAAAUUAGUUGAUAAUGUUUUUCCCUUCCUACCGGAUACUUUUUUUUGUGUAUUAUAGUUAAAACAUGUUGACUUAAUCAAACACACAAAUACAUUUUACGUUAGCCUUCCAGCAGGAAUUAAAAAAUAUAUCAAUCACUCAGAGACAGCUAUCGAAACGAAAGGAGUAUCCCUGGAGAGUUCGUUUUACGCAUUUUAGUUCUAUCUUUAUUUAUACGAAUAGGCAAACCAACCUUCCUCUGCUGGUACCAUUCAUCAGGUAAAACAUGUUUUGUUCUCCAAUCAAUUUUUAGUAGACACUUACCGCUGUUUAGAUUAAUCGUCUUAGUUAAACACGUAUAUAUUAUAAUUAUUCCUAGCUUAGAAAUCGCUACAGAAUUUAGCGUUGUUAAUUUCCAAUGUUAUAUUUUACACCAACUACACACACACAAACAAACACAUGCACCCACACAACCACGUGAUUUUAACAUAUAUGAUCGGUUGAAUGAAAAAAGAAAGGAAAAAUAUGGAGUAUUAAAGAUUGAUGCGCAAGAAAAGCAACAACACCUGAAUGCAAGUAGUAAAUGUACUAAUGAUUGUUUAUUGAUUUAAAAAAACCAAUUUAUGCAUUUUCGAGAAUAACAAACAAAUACACCAGAAUCAGUACUAAAGUUA